CGAAUACGGCUAGGUCUCCAAAACAUGGCGUCCGAGUUCGGGCGAAUUGUGUGGGAAGGAAGACCAAAAGACACAAAUAAUGGCCACGAAGAGCUUCUGGUUUUUGGAUAUUCGUGCAAAUUGUUUCGUGACAAUGAGAAGGCUCAAUAUGUGGAUAAAGGGGAGCAUUUGAUUCCCUGGAUGGGCGAUAGCAGUCUCAUGGUUGACAGAUAUGAUGUUCGUGGAGCUCUCUAUGACCUCAAAGAAGCUGAAUCAGGGGGAGGAGGAGACCGAUGGGAAGGACUGACUGAAGAGGAGCGGGCAGAAGAAGAGAAAUGUGAUCAGGAAAGAUACCUUGCCCUAUAUCAUGACGAAUUCCAGUACCAAGAGUAUCAAGGUAAGUACAGUCUUAUACACUAUAGAAACUUUUUUAUAUGGCUGAAUGACUUUUUAUGUCAUGAUAAAGUGUGGCUAAGUUUGGGUUGA